AUGGACUCUGCUGUCGAUAAAAAAGUGUGCUAUUAUUACGAUGGCGACAUCGGGAAUUACUACUACGGUCAGGGUCAUCCUAUGAAGCCGCACCGUAUACGCAUGACUCACAACCUCCUACUUAACUAUGGCCUUUAUCGAAAGAUGGAGGUGUAUCGGCCUUCGAAAGCCUCUGCUGAAGAUAUGACCAAAUUUCACAGUGAUGAGUACAUUAGAUUCCUCCAAAGCAUUCGUCCGGAUAACAUGUUGGACUACACUAAACAAAUGCAACGCUUCAAUGUUGGUGAAGACUGUCCCGUCUUCGAUGGCCUAUUUGAGUUUUGCCAACUUUCUGCUGGUGGUUCGGUUGCGGGGGCUGUAAAGCUUAACAAACAACAAACAGAUAUUGCAAUCAAUUGGGGUGGUGGGCUUCAUCACGCCAAGAAAUCCGAAGCUUCGGGUUUCUGCUACGUUAACGAUAUCGUCAUGGGUAUUCUUGAGCUUCUGAAGUACCAUCAGCGCGUCCUCUAUGUCGAUAUCGAUAUUCACCACGGGGACGGUGUCGAGGAGGCCUUCUACACCACCGACCGCGUCAUGACCGUUAGCUUCCACAAGUAUGGUGAAUACUUUCCUGGAACCGGUGAUCUUAAAGAUAUUGGUGCUGGACGGGGGAAGCACUAUGCCGUGAACUGUCCUCUUCGCGAUGGUAUGGAUGAUGAAUGUUACGAGAAAAUUUUCAGACCUGUUGUCUCCAAGGUGAUGGAGACAUUCCGACCUGGUGCAGCUGUCCUCCAAUGCGGUGCUGAUUCUCUUAGUGGUGACCGACUCGGGUGCUUCAACCUCAGUUUAAAGGGUCAUGGAAAGUGCGUGGAAUUUCUGCGCUCUUUUCCGAUUCCUCUGCUCAUGUUGGGAGGCGGCGGUUACACCAUUCGUAACGUGGCACGUUGUUGGACCUACGAGACUUCGAUUGCAUUGAACACAGAAGUUCCAAAUGAUCUUCCUUACAACGACUACUAUGAGUAUUUUGGACCGGAUUUCAAGCUCCAUAUUAGUCCAAGUAAUAUGACGAAUCUUAACACCCCGGAUUACAUUGAACGAAUCAAGAAUAAGUUGUUUGAAAAUCUCAGAAUGCUUCCUCACGCUCCCAGUGUUCAGAUGGUCGAUGUACCACCCGAUACU